AGCAGCGGGCAGGCUGCCGGCAGGCACACGGAGGCAGAGCCCCGCCGCGCGCGCCCCGGCCCGCCCGCGGGCGCCCACCUGCCGCCCCGACGGGAGGCCCCCCGCGGCCGCAGCCGCUGUCCCGGGCCGGGCGCCCGCGGCGGCACCAUGAGUCCCCGCUCGUGCCUGCGAUCGCUGCGCCUCCUCGUCUUCGCCGUCUUCUCAGCCGCCGCGAGCAACUGGCUGUACCUGGCCAAGCUGUCGUCAGUGGGGAGCAUCUCAGAGGAGGAGACGUGUGAGAAACUCAAGGGCCUGAUCCAGAGGCAGGUGCAGAUGUGCAAGCGGAACCUGGAAGUCAUGGACUCGGUGCGUCGCGGUGCCCAACUGGCCAUUGAGGAGUGCCAGUACCAGUUCCGGAACCGGCGCUGGAACUGCUCCACACUCGACUCCCUGCCCGUCUUCGGCAAGGUGGUGACGCAAGGGACUCGGGAGGCGGCCUUCGUGUACGCCAUCUCUUCGGCAGGUGUGGCCUUUGCAGUGACGCGGGCGUGCAGCAGUGGGGAGCUGGAGAAGUGUGGCUGUGACCGGACGGUGCACGGGGUCAGCCCACAGGGCUUCCAGUGGUCAGGAUGCUCUGACAACAUCGCCUACGGUGUGGCCUUCUCACAGUCGUUUGUGGAUGUGCGGGAGAGAAGCAAGGGGGCCUCGUCCAGCAGAGCCCUCAUGAACCUCCACAACAAUGAGGCCGGCAGGAAGGCCAUCCUGACACACAUGCGGGUGGAAUGCAAGUGCCACGGGGUGUCAGGCUCCUGUGAGGUAAAGACGUGCUGGCGAGCCGUGCCGCCCUUCCGCCAGGUGGGUCACGCACUGAAGGAGAAGUUUGAUGGUGCCACUGAGGUGGAGCCACGCCGCGUGGGCUCCUCCAGGGCACUGGUGCCACGCAAUGCACAGUUCAAGCCACACACAGAUGAGGACCUGGUGUACUUGGAGCCCAGCCCCGACUUCUGCGAGCAGGACAUGCGCAGCGGCGUGCUGGGCACGAGGGGCCGCACAUGCAACAAGACGUCCAAGGCCAUCGAUGGCUGUGAGCUGCUGUGCUGUGGCCGCGGCUUCCACACGGCGCAGGUGGAGCUGGCUGAACGCUGCAGCUGCAAAUUCCACUGGUGCUGCUUCGUCAAGUGCCGGCAGUGCCAGCGGCUCGUGGAGUUGCACACGUGCCGAUGACCGCCUGCCUAGCCCUGCGCCAGCAACCACCUAGUGGCCCAGGGAAGGCCGAUAAUUUAAACAGUCUCCCACCACCUACCCCAAGAGAUACUGGUUGUAUUUUUUGUUUUGGUUUGGUUUUUGGGUCCUCAUGUUAUUUAUUGCCGAAACCAGGCAGGCAACCCCAAGGGCACCAACCAGGGCCUCCCCAAAGCCUGGGCCUUUGUGGCUGCCACUGACCAAAGGGACCUUGCUCGUGCCUCUGGCUGCCCAUAUGUGGCUGCCACUGACCACUCAGUUGUUAUCUGUGUCCAUUUUUCUACUUGCAGACUUAAGGUGGAGUAACAAGGAGUAUUACCACCACAUGGCUACUGAUCGUGUCAUCGGGAAAGAGGGGGCCUUAUGGCAGGGAAAAUAGGUACCGUCUUGAUGGAAGUCACACCCUCUGGAAAAAAGAACUCUCAACUCUCCAGCACACAUACACAUGGACUCCUGGCAGCUUGCGCCUAGAAGCCAUGUCUCUCAAAUGCCCUGAGAAAGGGAACAAGCAGAUACCAGGUCAAGGGCAGGAGGUUCAUUUCAGCCCUCACAUGGACAGCUAGAGGUUCAAUCUCUGUGGGUCCUUCCAGGCAAGAGGAGGGAGGUGAGAGCAAGAGAAGGCUGAAGUUCCACCCUAGAGCCCAGCCUGCCCCCUGGGCGGAGGAAACAUAACCACUCCCCAGACCCACCUAAGCAGGCAUAUAGGCUGCCAUCCUGGACCAGGGAUCCUGGAUGUGCUUUUGCAGUCAUGCCCCUGAGUCAGCUUUCACAGUGCUGUUCCUCCAUGAAACUGAAAAAGGAAACCACACACACACACACACGCACACACGCACAUGUGCAAGAGAGAGGGAGGAAAGGGCUGUGCAAUAAAGUCCUCUGCCGUUAUCUUACUCAACACAAUUUAUUGAGCAAAUACGACGUGUUCUAGGCCCUGUACGGACCAUCUCACUUGAUGGCCUCAACAGUCCUGGGAAGCAGACAAAACAGGAAUGCUAAUGCCCAUCUGACAGCAGAGAGGGCAAUGCUCACCAGACCUCACAGCAAGCUUGAUGGAGAGGUAGGGCCAGAAGAGUCCUCCAGCCAAGCCUCUUCCUUGGUUCUUGUACCCUAAGGCACAUAAACUGCAGGUCUUCUUGGGUCUGAGCCUGGGGCAGGGAGUUCUGGCUGGAGGAAAAGGGGCAGGGAAGCAGCAGGAGUCAAAGAUCACAGGCUGAGCUGGAGUCCACAUGGUUCCUGAGGGCAGAACAGGCUCUGAGGAAAGACGUGAACAGCUAGAAGGUUGACAGUGAGGUCUCAGCAGUGUGGCGCACCCAUCCCCAGCAUAUCUGGGUCCCUGGGGUCCCAGGUACCAUGGUUACUGCAAGAUUUCCCAAGAGACAGCACCAGCAACCUGGGCCUGACCCUGUGCAACCGCCAAACCAUCAGGAGCCCCGCCCAGGCUUGUGAGCAGGACAUGCACAAAGCAAGACCUUGCCCCUGACCCAACUGCUUCUCAGACGGGCUUCCAAUCACCAGAGGAAGUUGCUGUCAGCCCAGUUUCCAGACUGCCCCCACAUUGGGGCUCUAAGUUUCAGGUCUGAGAUCUUAUGCUCUGUGAUCCCCCAUUUGGGGUUCCCAGACUCCAAGCUCCUGACUCCUGUAUUCAGUGGCUGAAUUCAACAUCCGAGAUUUGGAAUAUGGGCUCCAGCCUGCAGAAACUCCUCUCCAGGCAUUAUGGUUUGUGCCUCCUAGUGUUGGCUCCCUCAUGAAAAGAGGGUCAACACCCUUGGCCCCCAGCCAAGAUCUCUGCUCAGUGUCCACACAAGGAGGAAGCCAAAACUAAGUGAGAUGCUGGAGCCACAUUCAAACGUGGGGAUAAUCUUGGAGCAGGCCAGCUCUGAUGUGGAUGAAAGCUGAGCCAACUGUCGCCACAGCUGCCCAGCUGGGUCCACUGCUCCUCUGGCUGGCUGCAGCUGUCCACUAAGCCCAAGAAAAAUACUAUCCCUCAAUAGCAGAGGCCAGACCCAGUGAGAGGGAACAGUGAGGACCCCUCCCCUCCCAGAGACAAGAGCUGAGCCACUCUCCCCAUGCAGAGAACAGUGGGUCCAGGUUGGAUGCUGGUAUGAUGGGAACUGCCCUUUUCACCUGCCAGGGAGUUCCUAAAGCUGAUCUUCCUGGGGUUCUGAAGGUUGCAACCUAGGUUAAUCAGACCAGAUUCUAGGAACCACUACCCAGGCCGACCACCACCAGUGCUGCAGAGGUCAAAGAAAUCCACAGCCACAGGAAAAGGAGCUUCUUUGGACAUGCCCAGCUCCAAACUGUCCUGGGGGAACUGGCACAGCCCUUACAUAGCCCACCCCGUCUUGGCCUCACUGUGGCCUGGAAAUUGGCCAGAAGGUCCACAUCCUGCCCAAACCACUCUCCUCUCAUCCCAAGGCAAAGGUGAUGCCCUGAGGCCUAGGGCUGGAUAAACCCCAGCUCUGGAUGCUGCUAACCCACUCUGCUGCCCCACCCCAUCCUCCAAUUUUUAUACUAGGCUCUUUGCCAUUGUGACGUCCCCAUGACAUAGUCUGAUGCACGAUAAAACAAUUAUUUCUUUA